CCUCAACACCAGCACCACCACCACCCUCUCCACCGCCAGCACCACCUACGUCACGUUUACGAGAGGCGAGAGCUUAACGAGAUAUUGAAUUCACGACGCUACGGGCACCUCACACGCCCCUGCCCGACACGCCUUGGCCAUGCAUCCCACGGGGGGCACGGGGGCCACACCCACCCACGGGGGACACCUGACGAGGGAAACCAGGUACAGGAAGCUAAGAAUCCUACAUCCUUUCCCCUGAAGUGCUUGGACGCUAAAUAUUAUGGUCGUGAAGGGAGUAUUGACGGAGCUAAGUUGCGACGCCGCUAGCCUGCCUCUCUCCCUCUCUCUCCCUCUCCCGCUCUCUCUCCCUCUCCUCUCUCUCAUAAACCAGUCGCAUUUCAGAUUCCGUCUCGGGGUAGCGUUACACCUGGCCCGAAAAAAGAGCGACGGAAUAGCACAUUGAGAGAGUGAGAUAGAGUGAGGAGGGGGAGGAGGAGGAGGACGAGGAAGAAGCAAGCGGCAAGGAUCGUGUUGUGUUGAUGGCUCUGUGUAGCAAGGACGCGAUGGUGAUGGAGGUGGAGGAGGAGAUGGAGGAGGAGGACAGUGGUGACGGAGAGGAAAAACAUACGAAACAAGAAGAGGAAGAGGUUAAGCAAGAAUAUGGUGACGUAGGCAAGAGAGAAAGACAGGAGAAAAUAGAAGAGAAGGAAGAGAGUGGAGACGAAAAAGAAAAACAGACUAAAAAGGAAAACGAAGAGAAAGAUGAUUGUGAAAUAGGCAAAGGAGAAAAACAGGAAAAUGGAGAAGAGGAGGAGGAGGAGGAGGAGGGAGAGAGUGAAGACGGAGAAGAAAGACAGCAGAAAAGAACGAAAGAGGAGGAGAAGGAAGAGGAAGAGAAGGAGGGUAGUGGAGGUGACAGAGGCGACUUAACACAGAGAAAAGAGAAGGAGGAGGAGUGUGGAGGAGACAGAAGAAGAACCAGAACAAAAAGAAGACAAACGAAGACUCAAGAACAGGAGGAGGAUGGAGGAGCUGCUGAAGGAGGAGUCGGUGCCGGAGUCGAAGUCGGAGCAGGAGUAGGAGUCAGAGAAGGAGGAGGAGGAGGAGGAGUAGGAGCGGGGGGUUGGGGGCGGGGGAAGAGGCGGCGGUCACGUAACUUCACGCCGCACGAGAAGCAGGUGUUCUACGCGCUCUUCGACAGGUACGCCGCCACCUUCACCGACAAGCGAUCCACCGUCGACUCCACCAGACAGGCGUGGGAUCAGCUGCUUCAGGAAUACAACAGUCAGCGAAAUGUGUACCCGCGCACGAGACGACAACUCCAGGUGUUGUGGCGCGACGAGAAAUUUCGAGCUAAGAAGAGGAACCGAAAUGAACAGGAACAAGAAGAUGAGGAAGAGGGAAGGACGAGAAGGAAGAGGAGGAGGAAGAGGAGGAGGAGAAGAACACCAGCGAAUGAAGAGGAAGAAGAAGAGGAAGAAGAGGAGGAGGAAGAAGAAGAGAUCGUAGACAGUAGACAAGUAAGAGGAAGUAGAAGAGGAACUGAAGUACGAGGAAGAGGAGAAAAACAAGAGGAAGAGGAAAGCAGCAUCAGUAAUCUUCUCGCUCCUCUUCCUGUUAUCAAGAGGGAACAUGGGGUCGACGCAGCCUCCACCACCACCUCCGCCGCCAACCACGCCUCCUCCACCCACAGCGCCUUCUACUACUCCGCUAACUCCAACACAGAGGAGGAGGGCCCCCCCAGUUCCCUGCCGGUGGAGACGCAGCUGGAGUCCUGCAGCAGCGCCUCGCCCCUCAUCAAGCAGGAGGAAGAAGAGGAAGAGGAGGAGGAGGCGCCCCCACCCCCCCGCCUCCCUCCAGGGUGGGGGGCGCGGCCGUCCUCGCAACACUGGCCCCUCGCCAACGCCCCCGUCCCCCCACACCCACACGCCCCCGCCAGCGAGCUCCGGGAGGUGGAGUAUCACAAGGCACGCAUGGCACAGCUUCAGGAGGAGGGCGCGGCACGGCUGAGGGUGCUGGAGGCUGAGCUGGCGCUGCACCACCAGGAGCGACACCUCCGCCAGCAGGAGCACCAGCUGAGGAUGCAAAUACUGCUGGAGAGGCUGACGAGGGUGAGGGAGGGGCGUAGGGAUGGGGGCUCAGUUCAUCCGCCAUAAUCGUCUUUUUGAAUUUGGGAGAGUGAGUGUUUUAUCGUCUCAUUAUCAUCCUUUUCCUCCUUCUCCUCAUCCUCCUCUUCUUUUUCUUCCAUUGCUCUGAUCUGCCUGACAUUUUACAUCCUCCUGCUUUAUCCUCCUCAUUGUUAUCAUCCAUCUUCCUCAUCCUCCUUCUCCUUCUUCUUCUUUUUAAUGUAUGUGGUUGUUUCUGUCUGUCUUACAUCUUACAUCCUCCUGCUUUUUUAUCCUCCUCCUCCUCCUCAUCAUCAUCAUCAUCAUCAUCGUCAUCAUCCUUAUUCUUCCUAAUGUCUGUUGUUGCUUCUAUUUACUUUAUAUCUAACAUAAUUCUGUUGUUGCU